AUGAAGAGACAGAGAAACGAACUCGAUGAAGUUACCGUUACCCUUAGAGCCCUUGACAUGUUCUGUAAGCAACAUCAACUACAUUUGUCUCAUAACAUCGAUGAAGUUACCGUUACCCUUAGAGCCCUUGACAUGUUCUGUAAGCAACAUCAACUACAUUUGUCUCAUAACAUCGAUGAAGUUACCGUUACCCUUGCUGUCAAGGCCUGUCAAGGGGACCCCAAACCCGGAUGCCAAAUUCACGGGUUUGCAGUUUCUUCUGGGUUUGCUUCGUAUACUACGAUUUCAAAUUCUUUGAUGAGUAUGUACACCAAAGCUGGACAGUUUGAUGGUCCCUUACUUAUCUUUGAGACUAUGUGCUAUACUGAUAUAGUUUCUUGGAAUACUAUUCUUUCGGGGUUUCGAACAAGUGAAGGUGCAUUGAAUUUUGCUCUUAGGAUGAAUUUUAAUGGAGUUGUUAGGAGUGUGUUUGAUGAAAUGGCGAAUGAGGAUCUGGUUUCAUGGAAUGCAAUACUAUCAGGUUACUCUCAAGAGGGAAAUCAUGGCCUUGAGGCGAUUUUUGUCUUUAUUGAGAUGGUGGGAGAAGGGAUGGAGUUAGAUCAUGUCAUUUACUAG